AUGGCGCAAUUACAUGCGACUCAGAGAAGUAGUGUCAGUCAAUAUUCGCAACCUUCGCGAUCAAUAAGCCAUGGGAUUAACGAAGCCUAUGAAUUAACAGACGAGGAGCUUAUACAGCUAGUAAAUGAUAGUAAAUUUCAAGUCAAAGUUCUUUCUAUAGAGAAUGAGAUCCUGGAGAAGGCAAUAUUAAGACUUGAUGCUUCACUGAUGGCGGGUGUUUCACAAGCAAUAGAGUUGGCAGCAAAAUUGCAUAGCAGUACAUCCCUUAACGUAGGAAGUUUCACAAGAUCGCAAAUAUCAAGAUUUGCUCUAGCUGAAUCUGGGACGAGCCCCUCUCGAAUGCUAAUGAGUCCCUCGAAAGGAUCCACGCGAAGGGUCGACUCUUCAGCCAAACUUGGUGGAACUAUUAUAUUUGGAACGGGACCCAGGAUCAACGUUUUAGAGAGAUCUGAAUUAGUUUCAACAGAAAUGGAGAUUGUAGUAAAAAAUUUAGACCGAGCGAGGCGUAAUGCUGCAAAAAAGCAAGCUUUACUCAAAGCCCAAUUAGAAGAAGUGGGUGUGAGAGUGAGUGAUAUAGAAAGAGCUGAAAAGAUGUUUAAAGAAGACGUCAUAGUCCAAGGCUGGGAUAAAAUAGCUCAAAGGAUCCCAGCCGAAAUAUGGAUCAGAUUUAUGACUGAGUGGGUUAAAAUAUGUGAUAGUCAAAUAGGCAAGCUGAGGUUGAGAACCAGUACGUUAAAUACUCAGCACAGCAAAUUAAAAGGUCAGAUAAGAGUAAAAGCAGAGUUGAGCGAGAGUUUACGACCUGUAGAUUUUGAAAAGUUGAAAAUAGAGAAUUCGGAAAGUGAGAAAAUUAUAGAGCAGAAACUUCAACAAUUGGGAGAAUUGAAGAAAAUGACAGGAGAUGCAAACUUGAAUUUAACGAUACAUAAAAAGUCAAUGAUGGCGCAGAAUGCUUACUUAACCAGCAUCUUGAAAUCAAUAAAACAAAAGGAGCUGCAGACAAUACAGUUAGACAAAGAAAGGGACAUAAUAGCAGUUCAAGCCGAUAGUUUGGCUGUAAAACUAGAUGAAGUGAGAAAAGUGCGAGGAACUUAUGAGGUACCAGAUGUAAUGGACUACGUUUUGGUCAAAGCUGAAGUCACAGACUUGAAGAAUGGGAUCAAAAUGCUGGAGAACAGGUUGCGUAUACAACAGAUAGCUCUCGCGUCGAUUCACAGGAAGAUUCAAAAGCAGACAAUGUUAAUUAAUGAGCCAGAGAAAAAGUGA